UAAUGUUACAUUAUCUAUCGCAAUCAAUUUUGCUGACUUUCAUUACAUCAUAAACACAGAAAGUACGGUUACACGAAGGCGCUAGGCGCAGUGUCAUGAUGUCAGGGAUAGUUGAACACGCGACACACACGAUUCUGUUUUACAGCCGCAGUGAAUUCACAAACAAUCUGGCGAACUCCAAAUCCGAGAAGUAGACGAACACAUAACCCUUUAAAACUGUCAUCUGUACAUUUAAUACUUUUGAUAACUAAAUCAACAAACAGUCAAGAAUAAUUGAAAGGCAUAAAUAUUAUACCUGAAUUAACGUGUGACAAGUUCCCAAACUUGCAGUCAAUGGACUACGAGAAACAAAAAGAUGAAGUCACUGCUUUGGAAAGUAUCUAUAAUAAGGAGGAGUUUUCAUAUAAUGAAAAGAAUAACCAAUUCGAUUGUACUUUCAACAUAUUCGUGAAUCUUCCUACAACGUAUUAUCUGACAUACAAAGAUCUAAGACAUGAAGCCGACUCUACUCAGAAGGUGCAAAUAUCAUAUUUACCACCCUUAACAUUACAUGUUAUAUUACCAGAGGAUUAUCCAUCUAUAUCAGCUCCAGUAUUUACAUUAUGUUCCUCUUGGUUGCGCCUGUCAGCAUUAGCUAAGUUAUGUAAAAAACUAGAUUUGUUGUGGGAAAAUAGCAAACAGGAGAUCUUGUUCACAUGGGUGGAGUUUCUUCAGAAUGAAACACUCAAAUUCUUAAAAAUAAAAGAAUAUUUAGAUAUGGACUACAUAUAUACAUCUUAUAAGAAAACAUUGGAAAAAAUACAAAUUUUGCAAGCAAAUAAGGAAACUGGCGAAUGUCACAAACAGCACAAUAGUGAAGUCAGUAAGGAGAGUACCGCAACAAAGAAAAAUAACUCCAUCGAUAAAAGAGCUAUUUUAGAAUGCCCUAUUGGUAGAAAUCCCAUUCAAGUUCUGGUUAACUACAAUGAGCAACGGAAACAAAUAGAAUUCAAAAAGAAUUUUUACACUUGUAAUAUUUGUUUUACUGAUAAAUCAGGGGAACAUUGUACUCAAUUUUUGCCUUGUGCUCACACUUUUUGCAAAGAUUGCAUCAGAGGUUACUUUGAAGUAAGAAUCAAAGAAGGAAAUGUACAGAAUAUUUGUUGUCCUGAGGAAAAAUGCAAAUUCGAGGCUACACCUGGCCAGAUAAAAGAUCUGGUGAGUUCAGAAUUAUUUUCAAAAUAUGAUUCAAUAUUGUUAAGUGCUACAUUAGACACUAUGACGGAUAUAGUUUAUUGCCCACGACGACACUGUCAAUAUCCAGUUACUCGCGAUCUUAACGAUCAAAUGGCGAAAUGUCCCGUUUGCCAAUAUGCAUUCUGUGUUCGUUGCAAGAUGGUUUAUCAUGGAGUAGAACCCUGUAAAAUCAGUUCUGCUGAGAAACAACGAUUAGUCAAUGAAUACCAAUCAGCUAGUAAUGAAAAGAAAGCUGAAAUGGAGCAACGUUAUGGUAAAAAACAGCUCCAGACUUUGAUAGAAAACACUAUGUCUGAAAAUUGGAUCAACGACAACAGCCAUAAUUGUCCUCACUGCAAGAGCGCUAUUGAGAAAUCGGAUGGCUGUAACAAGAUGACAUGUUCACAUUGUGGCACAUAUUUCUGUUGGCUGUGCGGCAUGCGGCUCAAUCCUGAGGCACCUUACUUACACUUUCGUAAUCCAGAAUCCAAAUGUUUCGAUAUGUUGUAUCGCGAUGUGAUACCCGACGAGCCAGACGAUGACGAUGAUUUCGAUCACGCCGAGUAUCUAGAGUAUUAUUACUAUACGGAUGACGGAGACUUUUAUGAUGAAGAUUUUUAUGAUGAAGGUUGGAAUUAGAUAUCUGAAUUAAUGUUAAUUUAUCCAUGAAUUAAUGUUAAUUUACGGUUUGUCAAAUUUGUGAAAUAUAUUUCAAGAAAUCGGCACUUGUUGAAUAUAGUCAUUUUUAAACAGUUGCUGUUCACUAUAGAUAAGUAAUUGUAGCUGCGUUUCAAAACGAGUUAUUCGAGAAGUGAAAGAUCAUUGUAAUUAAUGUAUUAUAAUCGAUGUUGAUUUGUGACAAGUUGAAAAUGUAAUUUCAAAU